AUGGAGCAAAACCAAUGCACAUCUGCCCUCUGCCACCCCAGGAACACAACUGUUCAGACCAAUGCAACUUUUGAGGUCCUGGGUGACACCAGCGACCUAUUGGUCACCUCCAUCCUGAGCUGCAUCCUGGCUGUGAUGUGUCUGGUGGGCAUCGUCGGCAACAUCUACACGCUGGUGGUCACAAACCUUUCCCUGAAGUUCACAGGCUCGAUGUACAUUUACAUUGUUAACCUGGCCCUGGCGGAUCUCCUGUACCUGUCUACCAUCCCCUUUGUGGUCUGCACCUAUUUCAUGAAGGACUGGUACUUUGGAGAUAUCGGAUGCAGGGUCCUCUUCAGUCUGGAUCUCCUCACUAUGCAUGCCAGCAUCUUCAUCCUCACCAUCAUGAGCACCGAGAGGUACCUCGCAGUAGCCAAGCCCUUAGACACCAUCAGAAGGUCCAGUGUCUAUCGGAGACCGAUCACCUGCCUGGUAUGGCUGGUGUCUUUCCUCCUUUCUCUUCCAACCAUGAUCCUCAUAGACCUCAGGACUAGCAAACAGAAUGGCGUGACCAAGCGCAUCUGUCACCCCACGUGGCAGAUGGAGACCUACAAGGUGUACCUCACCGUCCUGUUUAACACCUGCAUCCUGGCUCCAGGCCUCAUCAUCUGCUACUUAUAUGUCAAGCUGGCCAGGACUUACUGGAAGUCUCAGACAGCAGUUUUUACCUUCAAGAAAAUGAAUAGAUGCCCCAAGCAGAAAGUGCUGUACCUGAUCUUCAGCAUCGUUCUCACCUAUUGGGCUUGCUUCAUACCCUUCUGGCUCUGGCAGCUGCUCAGCAUCUAUUACUACCAGCUGGCGGACCUCCCCAGCAAUACUGUGGUCUACAUCAAUUUUGUCGUGACUUGCCUGGCUUACAGCAACAGCUGCAUUAACCCUUUCCUGUACACGCUGCUCUCCAAGAACUACAAAGAGUAUUUACGGAGCCGCCAGAGAGAUGGCAGCCACCUGUCCCGGUGGAAGUCCAAGAGAAGUUCCUCCUGGCGGUCUGUGUCCUCGGGAAGCCAUGCCUACACUGAGGCAGUAGCAGUCGCUCAGAUCAAAGGGGUCCCCAGGGAGGAUGCUUGCUCCUUGUGA